CUCCGGCCAAUCAGCACUUGACAGUCGACAGGAAACGUCAAAGAUUCCCCUCUGCGGACCAAUCGGCGACGUGGGGGCGGCGGUUUUCUGAACUCCCAAUAUCCCACGUGAUCGUCCUCGGUAGUUCCCAGGCGGUCAGAGCGCAGAGCCGGAGACUAUGGAUCAGAGGGUUGGGUUGUUGGUUCUUCUGGCGGCAGGCCUCCUCUGCCUCACUUUGGCCCCCGUCUCUCGGGCUCAGGACCUGGACGAGGCCGGUCUGGACGACGACGUGGACGUGGAGGACGAUCUGGAUCUGGGUUUGGCCGGAGCUGACGAGGGGGAGCUAGAUGGCGAGGACGUGCAGGACGAUGCUCCGUCCGCUCCCAAAACUCCUCCCACACCAAAGGUGACCUACAAGGCUCCUGAGGCGAUGGGGGAACAUUUCUUCGCUGAGUCUUUUGACCGUGGUACUCUUGACGGCUGGGUCGUGUCCAACGCCAAGAAGGAGGACACCGAUGAGGAUAUUGCCAAAUACGACGGUAAAUGGUCGGUGGAGGAGAUGAAGGACAGUAAACUGCCCGGUGACCAAGGUCUGGUGCUGAAAUCCAGAGCCAAGCAUCACGCCAUCUCCGCCCAGCUGCUGCGACCUUUCACCUUCGACACCCAGCCCCUUAUCGUCCAGUACGAGGUGAACUUCCAGUCGGGGAUCGACUGUGGCGGCGCCUACGUCAAACUGCUGAGUCAGACUCCGGAUCUCGACCUGGACCAGUUUGUGGAUAAAACUCCCUACACCAUCAUGUUUGGACCCGACAAAUGCGGAGAAGAUUACAAACUGCACUUCAUCUUCAGACACAAAAACCCUAAGACAGGAGAGUACGAAGAGAAACACGCCAAGAAACCCGACUCCGACCUGAGGACGUACUACACCGACAAGAAGACACACCUCUACACACUGGUUUUGAACCCGGACAACACCUUUGAGGUUCUGGUGGAUCAGACGCUCGUGAACAGCGGCAGUCUGCUGAAGGACAUGACGCCCCCGGUGAACCCCGCCGCUGAGGUCGAGGACCCGGACGACUACAAGCCCGAGGACUGGGACGAGAGGCCCAAGAUCCAGGACCCGGACGCCGUCAAGCCCGAGGACUGGGAUGAGGACGCCCCCGCUCAGAUGCCAGAUGAAGAUGCGGUGAAACCCGACGGCUGGUUGGACGACGAGGCCGAGUACAUCGGCGAUCCUGACGCCGUCAAGCCUGAGGACUGGGACGAGGACAUGGAUGGUGAAUGGGAGGCUCCUCAGGUCCCUAACCCAGCCUGCGAGACGGCACCCGGCUGCGGCGCCUGGAAACGUCCGAUGAUCGAUAACCCCAACUACAAGGGCAAGUGGAAGCCGCCAAUGAUCGACAACCCCAACUACCAGGGCGUCUGGAAGCCGAGGAAGAUUCCCAACCCAGCGUUCUUCGAGGACCUGCACCCAUUCAGGAUGACGGCGUUCAGCGCCGUGGGUCUCGAGCUCUGGUCCAUGACGUCCGACAUAUUCUUCGACAACUUCUUCAUCACUAAUGAUCGCAACACGGCCGAACGCUGGGCCACCGAUGGCUGGGGGCUGAAGAAGGCCGCAGAGGGCGCCGCUGACCCUGGUCUGGCCACUCAGAUGAUGAACGCUGCAGAGGAGCGACCCUGGCUCUGGGUUGUCUAUGUCCUCACCGUGGCUCUGCCGCUCGUCCUCAUCAUCAUCUUCUGCUGCACUGGCAAGAAGAAGAGCGCAGCGACGCCGGCGGAGUACAAGAAGACAGACGAACCUCAGCCCGACGUGAAGGACGAGGAGGAAGAGGAGAAGGCAGAAGAGGCUGACGAGGCAGAGGAGAGCAGUCCAGCUGCAGAGGAGAAGAGCGACCGAGACGAGAGUCCCGCGGAGAAAGAUGAAGAGGAAGAGGACGAGGACGAAGAGCAGGAGGGCACAGCAGAUGAGAAGUUGGAGGAGGACGUUCUGCGGAGAUCUCCCAGGAACAAGAAGGUCAGAAGAGACUGAUAUCUCUGAAUCCAAAGCCCUGACCUCCCCCUGCCUCCCCCCAUCUCCCCUCAAACACCCCCACCCCCUCUCUGCUCCGAGGUGAUGACGCCUGCAUGGAUCCAGUGGAAGCAGCCAAGCCGACAGGAACCUAUUCAAGAUAUGGACACCUGAUGAUGAGUAGGAACAGGACUGAGUUAGUGAUUAAAGAAGAUUAACUGAGAUUAACUAAAACUUCCUGCAUCAUUCCUUAACAACUACAGAGCAGACUCGAACCCCCGAGACCAACGUCUCACGUCCCAUCUGCCGAGCCGCCGCCUGCCGCCACCCCAAGCUAGCAAAUGCCCCGCCCACCCAACCGCCUGGUAAAUACCCCGUGGACAGUUUCCUGGACCUCUGUUCAACGACCUGAUCACAGCUAAUUGAUUAGCCAAACAUCUAUGGAAGUGCUAAUGAAGCUAACGAUAAUCCGCCAACCAGGAGUCUUUGCAUAUUAGCCUUCAAGCUAAUUAACCCACGUGAACUUGUCUUUUUAACUUGCCCACCACUGUUUAGCAGUUAGCUUGUUAGCAGCGCAGAUGUAAUCGGUGAUAUUCCUGACUUUUAGCCAACCAGCAGUCAGAUUCUCCAACAGGAAGUAGCCAUGAAGCCUGGUUGUGUUAGCCUGAGGGGCUAGUAAGUAGUGUUGGACAUUGUGGCUACUUGUACCACAAUUUAAUGAAGCCUAGCAUCAGGCUGCUAACUGCUAAAAAAUAAUUUAAAUAAUUUAAGUAACUUAACAACAACUAGCGACAGGCUAAUCAUACAUUAGCCUGUUAGCAUGCCACCCACUAUUUUGUCAACUGGCUCCCGCAUUCACAUGCUAAUGCUUCCUGAAGUGAAACGAGAACACUGGCUCACGUGAACUUUUCUUCCUCCUUCUUCGGUGGUGUUUCUGUUUUUAUCGUGUGUUUUCUGUCCUGAUGGCGGCAGAAAGAAAGGUCAAAGGUCGGUUUCUUGAGAUGUUUGUGUUCAGGAAAAACUGAUGUAUCUCGUCCGACCGGUCCUCGCGCAGCAGAUUAGCCUUCAUACCCGCGUCUCCUCCUCCUCCUCCUCCUCCUCCACUCAGUCCAAACUAACACGACGGCAGAUUCACUGCUCAUGCCCUUCAUGUUCGUCAAAACCUCUCGUCCUUUACCUCCGGGAUCCGACUAAUCAGGACGGUUUCAGACGACUGUCUUUUGAAUUCUUUCACCUGGCGUCUUCAAUGAGUCGCCUGUCGUGUUCGUUUGGGCUGAAGUCUGGUGUCGGCAGAUGGACAGACUCCCCGUCGCUCGCUCACCAACCCCAUAUGAAAAAAAAAACUCAGGCGCUUAACCUAACACCCUAUCCACCUGCUGCACCACAUCACCUCCGCCGAAACCCAAAGUCCGAGUUCAGCCCCAUGUUUAAAAGAGACGGCACUUGAGCGUGAAGUUUAUUCGUAACCUUUGGUACAUAUGUGAGGUCAAGGUUCACUCACUCUUGCAGCCUCAUCUCACUGCGUCUGUCGAAAGAUUGCCAAUUGUGCAAACUCCUCUGCGGAUGAAGAUGGUAAGAUGAGGUUGAAGGCUCUUUAAUAAAAACUAAGUGGACCUUGAGUUGAGAAAUUUGAAAGGAAAUAAAUCAUCUCAAAUUAUUAUUAUUUUUUAUUUUUUUUUCCUGCUGUCGUUAAACGUGUCGCUAAUCAGUUACGUUAUUAAAUGUCUAUUGUUAACACACUUAUAAUCCGAUUUUAAAUGACACUAUUUUUUCUCUUGGUCAUAACUCUCGACAGGCGUUAAUUGGAAAUAAACAGCAGAUUCAUCGGUAGUGAAAAUACUUGCGAGUUUGUCAAUUCAUCGGAAUUCCUGCGUUGACUGCGAGAAACGGCUUCCUGACGGCCGCAGACGGAGAACCGGCUCGUGUUUGCUCGUCCAACAUUUUGUCUUCAGCGUUUAGAUAUUUAGCAGCGUAAUCGGUAUUUAAACGUGUAAUAAAUGUCUUCAAAGUUUACAAAUAUGUAACAUUCUAGUUUGUUCUCCGACCUCCUGACCUUUCCUCUAGCGCCACCAUCAGGACAUGAAGUAAAAACACAUGAGUUUUUCUCGGGAGCUCAGACUCCUGAAGUGUGUUGUCGUUUGUUCGUGGUGAAAUCAAAGGUUUGAAAUGAAGGAGAAACCAGAAGAGCACACACAAGGUCACAUGAUCUCUGACCUUCUGACCUUCCGUGUGACCGAGGCAGAACUGAAGAAUCUGGAAUAAAAUGUGUGGGGAAAAGAAAAGUCCGUUGUUCUCGUGUCUGUGACGUUUUUGUUCCUUCACUUCCACUUGUCUAAUCGCGUCACGUCUUCCUUUCGGCUUCCUGUCGAUUCGUCACGUUUGAUUGGUUAAAGACGAGUGUGGCCGAUGAGAUUUAAAGAGUCUGUGGCGUUUUGCAUUUCUGGUUGUUGCUCAGUUGGUGUUCGGGGCCUUGAGGUGAACCGUGUCCAGGUGACCUUUAUUUGACCCCUACCUUCCUAUUCCUCUGUGGGUGAACGUGCUGUAAACUCUGUUGCUCUGUUGUCUUUUUUUUUUUUAAUUUUUCCCUCGACUGUGAAUCCCGUGUUUUGGGGUUUUUAGGGAUGAACCCGCUCCAGCGAGCAGCGUCGUCACAUUCCCGUCAACAGCGUGGCGCAUGUUCCAGCCUCACCAUUCAUCGUCCGCCCUCCUCCUACGCCUCCUCUUCUUCGUCCUGUAGUGUCUGACUCUUUGUUUUCUCUGCUCGUGUCCGGCUGAGGCUGCCUAUAGCUAACAGACUGUAUAGACUGAAACACUGUAUCUGCUGGUGAGACUUAACGUGACUCUGUAACUAUUAACUUUUUAUUAUUUUGGUGACUUUGUGUUAAACUAACUGUUCGGCCCAGCGACUCUGACGUGCACAGGAAGCUCCGGCCCCGGAAUGGAAACGCUGUGGUGACGCCGGAGUGCGAGUGUGGACGUGCAGUCAACAUUUGUUUUGAUGAAUAAAAAGGCCAAAAUGGAAACAAUGAAAAA